AUGGCACUUACAACAACAGAUAUAGACGCUGCUGCCGACGACAUCGCAAACGCCGAUGUUCUACUUUUACAAUUAGAGACCCCAGUGGCAGCGUCCGAGCACGCUGCAGCGAUUGCUAAGGCACAUCGGACGACAGUGAUAUUAAAUCCCGCACCUGCGCAACCACUGCCGGAUAGUCUGUUAGCGUCUGUUGAUAUUCUCACCCCGAACCAAUCCGAAACCGAGUUAUUGUCGGGCGUAAAAGUUGACAAUCACGAAGAUGCGCGCCGCGCAGCAGGGGUGUUGCGCACUCGCAUGAUGGAUGCCGAAAGCACUGCUGUUGUCUUAACGCUUGGAGAGCAAGGGGCAUUGAUGUUGACAGCAACCGAGUCUGAACAUGUUUCGGCAUUGACUGUUGAUGCCGUGGAUACGACGGGCGCAGGGGAUGCGUUUUGUGGAGCACUCGCGACCGCGCUGGCAAGUGGCGAGGCUUUACGAACAGCGGUCGGGUUUGCAAACGCUGCGGGUGCAGCAGCAGUCACUGUCGUUGGUGCAACGCCUUCUAUGCCAACGCGCGCAAAGAUUGCUCGUUUAACGUGA